ACAGUAUAGUGUGUUACAUGCAGUAAAGUGCACUACAUAGAGUAUAACUGUGUUGCAUGCAGUAUAGUGUGUUACAUGCAGCAUAGUGUGUGACAUACAGUAUAGUGUGUUGCAUGCAGUAAAGUGCACUACAUAGAGUAUAACUGUGUUGCAUGCAGUAAAGUGUGUUGCAUGCAGUAAAGUGUGUUGCAUGCAGACACACACACUAUGCUCUGGCUGAUGCUUCUGGACACAUGCAACCCUAUGUGUUACGUACAUCCAGGAUGUUUAUUGCAUACUGCUUUAUUGUAUUUUUUACAAUAUGUUUUGUUUAUUGUAGCAUGUCUUCUGUCUUAUAUCAUUAUCAGUGCCUAGAAUUAAACUGAAAAUAACAUUUUGCUCGUCUAUUAAAUAAGCCUUGAAUUAUGUUUAAAACCUUUCACACAACAAAGAAAAAAAAAAAAAGGAAGCGGAAAAUUAUACGUCUGCAACUCCCUUUGUCAUGGGUUUCCCUUUUUUUUUGUUUUAAAGAAGAGGUAUCUUCUGCAGUGCAUUGCACUGGUAUGAAAUGCAGGUGAUGAUGCAUCGCCAGGCUGAUGUGGGAAAGUCCUGUGAGUGUUUCCUCCUCACUGUAACCCACAGAGACGUUUCUUCUGGAAACCACGGCGGAAACCCUCCAGGCUCUCUGUGCGCUGUUAGAAUAAACGCUUUCAGCUUCAGUAGGCGACUGUUCUUUCCACCGGGGUUUUCUUCUGCGUAAAGACUCGGUUUAUUUUUCAGUUGUCGCGCCGUAAAUAACCCUAAACCGGGCGUCUGAAAGGUCUACACACUUCAGGAAGAGCUUCUGUGAGUUUAGUUGAAGAUGCUCCGGUGGUGUCGUCUCCUCCUGAUCCUCUCCUGCUCACUGCACUCCGGAGGCUGUAUGGGCACAAAGCGGCUGGAGCUCACUGCUGGUCAUGUGUAUAACCUCAACUGUCUAAACCUCUUUAAUGAUAAAGUGGUAAGCGUGAACUGGACUCGGGAGCUGAACCAGGAAUGGGACGUGGGAUUAAAGAUUAUAGAUGGGUCACUGUUGUUCCUCCCUGUACAGGAAUCACACAGCGGAAACUACUCGUGUUAUUACAGAUUCAGUGACACGGAUGAACAUACAGAAAAGAAUUUUUCUAUUUCUGUAACCAAGCACAAAUGUCCCAGAGAACCCGACAAUGACCAGCCAGUGUACCUGAUGAAGAACGCACCAAGCAAUCUCCCUUGUUACAGUGACGACGUCAUGAAUAAAUUCAGCAAAUUGGGUUCAGUUUCUGUCAUGAGCUGGACUUGGAUGAAGGAUUGCAGUCCUCUCAGCUGGCAGGAUGAAUCUAAGCUCCUGAGAUUCGGCAGUGUUUCAGAAGGUGACAGGGGAGUUUACACCUGUGUACUGAACUUCACCCUUAAUGGAACUUCAUACACUAUGGUUCAGAGCAAGCAAGUCAUCGUUACAGAUCCUGGUCCUGUUCCACAGAAACCCAGAAUCAUAAAACCACGACAGGAAACUCUUGCUGUGAAACUGGGUUCGAAGCUGGUGUUAAACUGCAAAGUGUUUGUCGGACUUGGAUCCUGCGAAGCAGAUAAUGUAGACCCUGUCCAAGUUUAUUGGCUGGUGAACAAUGAAUUUGCUGAGGAUACUUUUUUCAAUGAAACUGAUUUUGUUAGUGGCUGCACAACAGAAAACGGUGAGGCCUAUCACCACAAUAAUCUUACUAUUUCUGAAGUUAAGCAAGAAUUCUUCAACAUCAAUUUUCAGUGUGUCGCCUUAACCUCUUAUGGAGCAGACUACGGCACAGUAAUUCUUUUCGAACAGGAUCAGAGAGAGCUGUACUGUACGCUCGCCGUGGUCACUGCCUGUGUAAUGGUGACACUGGGAGUCCUGCUCUAUUAUCUUUUUAAAGUGGACCUGGUUCUGGCGUACAGGAACCUCAGCCCCUGUUUAAAACAACAGAAUGAUGGGAAGCUGUAUGAUGCCUAUGUCAGUUACCUCCAUGGCAAUAAUGACAGGGUGUCUUCUGCAACCACAUUUGCCCUGAAUGUCCUUCCAGAGGUGCUGGAGGAUCAGCUUGGCUAUAAGUUAUUCAUUAGUGGCCGGGAUUCAAUACCAGGAACAGCGGUCCACGACGUUAUCUGUGAAACAGUUAAGAAGAGUCGGCGACUUAUCUUUGUUCUUCCAUCCAAAGCUUUGACAACGUCUUCGGACAAUGAAGAUGGUCAUUUCAAUAAAAAAAGGCCUAAGCACUUUGGAUUCAACAAUAACAUAGCAGUGAUUGAUCCGGAUGUCUCUGAAUUAUCUCAGUUGCACUGGGGCCCUUACGAGUGCUGGGUGGGUCUGUACGAUGCUCUGGUCGAAGAGUGUGUGCAGAUCAUCCUGGUCCAGGUGGGAGAAGAUGUGGAUGACGCUCUGCUCCCUGAAUCACUGCGCUAUGUUAAGCACACUCAGGGGAUACUCAAGUGGAAACAACACUAUGCCAGGAAGCCCAAUGGAAGAUUCUGGAAGCAGAUGCGUUACCGAAUGCCACCAGUACAAAAAGCCAGAACAGCUGUUAUUGUUUAAGGAAUCAUUGUUGUUACAAAGGGGUAGAUUGUUCCCCAAACGUCCCCCAAUGUGGUCACAGAUCAUUUCCCACGCACUAGACAGCUGCCACCUACUGUAAUGUAUGGAGAGGGUGAGAUCUCAGACUAUAGCACCUUAGGCAAACGGCGACAGUUGAAGGUGCACCUUCAGAUUUCAGUGUCCCAGCAGUGAACAGUAUCAUCAUCAUCAUCAUCAUCAUCAUGUGUGCAAGUCUGUCAGUGCCGUACGUCUGUGACAUACUGUACAGCUCUUCCUGGCUGUGUGUGUGUGUGUGUGUGUGUGUGUGUUCUCAUUUCCAUGACAUUUCAUUUAGCACCACUCCUCUGGCCAGAUAAAGAGAUUUCGGUUCUGGUCCGGAUUAUCGAUGAAAAACUGAAGUGUGAAGAUGAACUUGUUGCAGUAUGGCUGAAGAUGUAGCAAAUGGUAUAAUUAAGUUGAAAAUUGUACUCCUGGGUCUCUCCACAAGGUGGCACCAGAAAGCAAGGCAGACUGUGUAUUUCACAGACCCUGUACAUGUCUUUACAUUGGUUUGUUAAUAAGAUUAGUUCAUUUUAAUUUUUUAAGUUUAUAAAACUGAUAUUCUUGUAUCUGUUGUUGUAAUAGUAUAGCACAUAUUCCUGCGAUUACUCCCUGUCUUAUAUUCCUGAGUCUACAUAUUCCAACACUUACAUGUUCUGUAAGGAGUAAAGGCACUCUUUCACUGUUUGUGAUUGUUACUGGAAAUAGUAAAAAAUGUUUCUUUUUUUGAAAGUCAUAUAAAAUGUCGGUCGAAUAUUGUUUCAACAAUUCAAACUACUGUAUGGUCUAUUGUGAUACUGUUCCUGUACAGAUGUGUCCAUUAAGAUUGCGCAUCUUGAAGACACUCAGUUUAAGGAUUUCAGGUGAAAGUGUCUAUGCUUAACCGUGCUUAUUUAGUUUUAAUCCAAUUCAGUUACAUUUUGUUAAAGAAUGGUCCUUUAAAAAAAAAAAAGAACAAUGGUCAAUGUCACAAAGCAGGAAAUUAGUAAAAUGAGUAUGAAAUGUGAAAGGAAAUGUGUAUAAAUCAGAAUGAUCAAAUUGUCCCUGAUGAACAAGUCGAGGGUGACGGUGCUGAGGGGGAAACUCCCUGAGAUGGUGAUAGGAAGAAACCUUG